AUGGCUGAUAAAUCUAAUUCACAAGCUGGAGGGAGCGCACCGAACAAAGAAGAGAGGCAAGCUCAACAUGACACCAUAAUCCGCCGACUAAGAAGUGGUCAACUACGUGGUCGAGCCAAGGUCUUUCUUAUCACAGGUUAUGCUGGGGCCGGAAAAAGCAAUUUGCUCAGGUUCAUCUCAAAAAGUGCAGUCCAAAUCGGUUAUCGCACAACAAAUGGACCCGUGGACGCCUUAUGCCAUUUCGUCACCCUCGAGAACGAACUUUUCGUCUUUAUUGAUACACCUAGCUUUGGUGCUGCGGGUUACAGUGUAUCUCAAGUUAAGAGCGCUAUUCAAGGCGCCAUUGGUUUUGCUACACGCUACUUUGGCGGAGUCCGCGGCAUCCUAUAUGCUCAUAGCAUCGAAACUGGUCGAAAAUACAGCGGAGUAACGGAGAGUCUCGAGUUUUUACGAAACUUGAAACGGGAAGGGAAGCUACCAACUCUCAUCUUUGUUACGACUAAAUGGGAUUGUGUGCCAGAUGAGAAGGGGCGGAAGUACGAAGACAGAGUCGCAGAUCUUGAAAACACAACAUGGGAAGAGUUCACUGACCACGGCUAUAUCGAAUUUGGAUGCAAUUAUGAGGAUAGCAGCCCCGAAACCCGACAAACCGCAAGAGCGGCACUAGUGGAGCAACUGGUAAGACAAUAUGACAGAGUUGGCGAUGUGUCAAAGGAGACGUCGAUCUGGGAGUGGACCUGGGGAGAGAUUGGGACGGGGAUUGCCAUGGUGACGGCCAGGGCCACUGGUGAUGCUUUGGCUGUUGCUGGCAACACUCUCGUUACUAGCAGCACUCUCACUGCUGCUGGUAUGGGCUAUGGAAUUUUUCUGUCAGCUCCAUUUAUGUUUCCACUUGUGAUUGCUAGGAUGGCAAUCGGCAUGUUAUGGCCGGGGUCAAGAAAUGGAGAGCUAAGAAUUGGGAUUGACACUACCGGGAUUUAG